CCCAGGGCCCUCUCCAUGGAUAUAGACACAGACUAUGAGCGGCCCAAUGUGGAAACCAUUAAAUGUGUGGUGGUAGGGGACAAUGCAGUUGGCAAGACCAGACUUAUAUGUGCCCGGGCUUGCAAUGCCACCCUCACACAGUAUCAGCUGCUUGCCACCCACGUGCCAACCGUUUGGGCCAUCGACCAGUAUCGUGUAUGCCAGGAGGUGUUGGAACGGUCUCGCGAUGUUGUGGACGAGGUCAGCGUGUCCCUCAGGCUCUGGGACACAUUUGGGGACCAUCAUAAGGACAGGCGAUUCGCCUAUGGCAGGUCGGAUGUAGUGGUGCUUUGCUUCUCUCUGGCUAAUCCCAAUUCCCUCCGCCACGUCCGCACCAUGUGGUUUCCGGAGAUCAAGCACUUCUGUCCACGGACUCCCAUCAUUCUGGUCGGCUGCCAGCUGGAUCUCCGCUACGCUGACCUGGAUGCAGUUAAUCGUGCCCGUCGACCCCUUGCCAAACCCAUCAAACCAACAGAUAUCCUCCCUCCUGAGAGGGGCCAUGAGGUGGCAAAGGAGCUCGGGAUACCAUACUACGAGACCAGCAUCGUCGCACAGUUUGGUGUCAAAGAUGUUUUUGACAACGCCAUCCGAGCUGCCCUCAUCUCCCGCCGUCACUUGCAGUUCUGGAAGUCCCACCUGAAAAAGGUCCAGAGGCCACUUCUCCAGGCACCCUUCCUGCCUCCUCGCCCACCACGCCCCAUAGUUGGCAUCCCUGACCCCCCUCCCACAGACGGCGAAGGCCCCGACUCACUUUUCUGUCACCCACACUGCGCAGAUGUCGUUUUUCUUCUGCAGGGUGGCGAAACGCGUGUUUUUGCGCAUAAGGUUUAUUUAGCCACAUCCUGCUCUAAGUUCUAUGACCUCUUCACUCUUGAACUUGGUUCAUCAUGCAUCGGGCCGCAGGAAGAGCAGGACAAAAACAAGGAAAGCUCAGACAGUGGAGAGGAAGACGAGCUAAGCAGAAGAGGAGCCAAGGAGCAAGCCGGACGCACUAAGAGCCUGGAUAUCGAUAAAGACGGGGUCGAAGGAGCCGUGCGGGGCUUGAAUCAACCUCCGCUGCUCCAGCGUGGCUCGUUACGGACUUCCCAGAGUGAUAAUGCACUUCCCUCCCGAGCUCAGUACUCUCUGGGAACUCCCGUGAGUGGACGGGCACUUUCUGGAUGGGGAAGAGGGUUCUUGACUGUUUGCCUGGAGCACGUUGAUGACCCCAUGACUGGACGGCCACGACUUAUGACUGUGGUAGUCAUGGAUGCACUCAUACAAGAGGAACCAUUCAAGGCUGUGUUGCAGUACUUGUACACUGGCAACCUGGACGAAGGCAGAGGAGAUCUGAUGCAGGUGGCCACCAUCGCUGAGCUCCUGGAAGUAUUCGACCUGCGGAUGAUGGUGGCCAAUGUUCUGAACAGGGAGAGUUUCAUGAACCAGGAGAUCACCAAGGCCUUCCAUGUCCGCAGAGCCAACCGCAUCAAGGAAUGUCUCAACAAAGGCACCUUUGCUGAUGUUGUGUUCCGGCUGGACGACGGCUACCUUCCGGCGCAUAAGCCUCUUCUCAUCUCCAGCUGCGACUGGAUGGCGGCCAUGUUCCGUGGCUCUUUUAUGGAAAGCUACAUUGAGGAGGUUCCCAUCCCUUCCACGAGUACAGCAUGCAUGCGAGGUGUGCUGGAGUUCCUCUACUGUGCCAUGCUGACACCUUGUCCCGACCUGGAGUCGAUUGAACUCAUAAUGGUGGCCAACCGACUUUGUUUACCACGCCUUGUUGCGCUCACUGAGCAGCACGCUGUCGAUGAGCUCCUGCAGUUGGCAGUGAAAGGAGUUGACAUUGAUGGGCAUGUCUUGGCCUACUUGGAGCUUGCACAGUUCCACAACGCCAAGCAGCUAUCAGCCUGGUGUCUCCAUCACAUCUGCACUAACUAUAACAGCAUCUGCCGCAAGUUUCCCAAAGACAUGAAGGCCAUGUCUUCAGAGAACCAGAGGCACUUUGAGAAGCAGCGCUGGCCUCCCGUAUGGUUCCUGAAAGAGGAGGAUCGCUAUUUGCGUUCGCAGAAAGAGCGCGAACACGAAGAGGAGAUCUUGCGCAAGCAGCACACCAAGAGAGGCUGGUGCUUCUGGAGACAACCGUCCUCCUCGCCGCACGUCUCCUAG